CCACCACUCCCCCGAUGUAUCUACUAGGAUCGCGUCCUUGGAUCCCAGAGGAUUACGAAUCCCUCCCCAAGUCUCCAAGCUAAGGUCUUCGAUUUAUGUGAACUAAGUUAAUCCAUGCGGGAAAGCAUUUAUUUGAAGCUUGAUAGAACGAAGACUUCUAUCACGUUAUUUUUACACACAACAGCCUGGGAAGAUUCGGGCUGUGGCUUGCAAGUUGUGAUGCAUCAAGGUAGACAGCUUUUCGUUUGGUACUCCCUCGACCUGCGUGCCCUUCUAAGCGUAGAAAUUGGGAAAUACACUGUCUGGCAAGGUCCAACCACUUUCCGGCGGUGUGAUGUCGGUUUGGAAACGCAUACGCCCUGUCUUUUUGACUUCCCGGACAAGUAAAGAUUCAUCGCCUUCUGAUGCAUCUCCUGAUAGACCUUGGUUUGAACCAAAGGAAAUCUCUCUUCCUGAAGUCACCAUCUCCGCCUUCACUGAGACGGGCCAACCCGAAUCGUCGAUCGUCGUUCCAUUACAACGGGCGUACACCGGCAGAUGGCCUGUGAUAUCAUCCCACCUCGCUGACACUCCCUGCGCUACCCUCGGCAUUCAGGGCCUCUUGGAUCAACUCAACACCACACUCGGAACAUCAUACACUCUCACUAGGUCUCUCUCCUCCCUUCUUAAAGAGUGCAUUGCAAGCAACUACGACUUUGGCAUGGUAUAUGGCCGCCUCCGCCGGAUAUGGUACACUCGCCACUGGAGCACGAUACGAGACACAUUGCGCAAAUGGGAAAAGGAGGACCGAAAGAUGCGACGGAAAGCACUCGUUGGUAACCGGAUCGUCGAACCAAGCUUGCCACCUCGACGUGUGUGGGAUCUGUAUAGUAACCGGGUGGUGCCAUGGUGGUGCACAGGCAUCCCUGCUUACAACUGGAGGUUGAGGCUUACACCGAUAUCGCACGCUUGGGUGGAUGAGACGGAUCGUGUCAGCGUGUCGACACCCAUCAAUGAAUACGAAUGGCCCGUUCCCCUCCCGAAAGAUGCCAGCCUCAAGCUGAUCCGCAUUGAAAUACUCAAUAUCAAUCUUGGAGUGGAGUAUGCAUGGUUGGAUGUUCUCUGUUUGAGACAGGUGGGUGGACAGCGGGAGGAAAUGCGUGUGGAAGAGUGGAAGCUGGAUGUGCCCACCAUCGGAAACGUGUAUCGAUCGUCCAGUGUGGUGAUUUACUUGAGUGGGCUGGGUCGGCCUUUGAGUCUGAAGGACGGCGACUUGGAGAGUGAUCGGUCUUGGUUUAGACGUGCGUGGACGCUACAGGAAGUUGGCAUCUAUAGAACAAUUGCUGGGGACACGCUGGAUGGGCCAAUGCAUGCCAAGCCAAUGGAUGAGGAUGGGAAGUAUGAGACUGAGCUACUGACCAGGUUUCACAGCCAGCUGCACUCUGUCGGUUUCUAUCCUUCUGCUGUGUUUACGGCGCUGAAGAUCAUGGGGAAUCGGGUGUCGACCAACCCGGUGGACAAAGUCGCGGGACUGGCAUUUGUUCUGGGGUCCAAUCCGAUACCGGCAUACUAUGAGAGUGAGUCUCUCGAGGAUGCAUGGACAGCACUUGUCAAUUCGAUGGUUGCGUGGCGUCGGAGUGUUUUGUUUUUGUAUCCUGAACCGGGCAAUGCAGGCACAAAAUGGAGACCAUCGUGGGACCAGCUUAUGACGAAGCCUCUGUCCGCAGGUGGAAUGUUCCAGAUCGACAUUAAUCGGAAUGAGGAGAUGAAUGAAGACUGGUGUUAUACGGAGUGCAUUGAAAAGGUGUUGGUGCGAGGGUUGGCUGUUGUGGAAGGGAGUGAUCGACGCGGAGAGUUGAUCGUUAAAGACGCGGGUGGGACAGAACAUGCGUUCAACAUCACAGCCACCCACAAGUACCCGAUACCUGACGACACAUACACACUGUUUUGCACUGAUAGUUCCCCAUAUUGCAUUGUCGGCCGAAGACUGCCAGGGAAAAGGUUUGAGAAAGUGUCGCUGUUGAAAAUUCUCAAUGAAGAAAAACACUGGUGGUUCAUGUAUAAUAGUGAAAUGUGUCGGUAUAUUCUUGUUUAA